AAACAAAAAUAUUUUACCCUGUUUGAUGACCAGCGGAUUGCUUGUAACCUGCUACAAGAACAGGCAACAGUCGUCUUUUAAGGCGAUAACACAUGAGCUCUCCAGCAUUUCGAACCAUCGUGAUGGAAAUGAUGAUACAGAUAUUUUUGCAAUAGAGAUAAAGAAGGAGGUGAGAGCAGAGCUGGGUAAGCACAACGUAAAAUACGUAUCCUUCAGGAACAUCAGCAACAUAUACUUCAUUGAUAACAGAACAAGCUUGGAUGCUAAAACUAUUGCACAUAAAUUGAUGAACAGGAACAUAAACCAUACACACAAGAUUUUGGCUUUGGAUCUGUUUGUUGAAUACAAUGCAGCAGCUUUGAAUGCUAUAACAGGGUACCUUGAUGAAAAGAUAGAGGGGCUGGAUGUCAGCAUGAGAACGUUCAAAAUAGCCUUCAAACAGCGGUGUUCGAACUUAUGUGUUAAGGAAAUAUUGUUUGAUAUGAUUCUGUGCCGGAUGAAACGGUUUGGAGUAGAUUUAACACGGCCUGACAUCACGAUACAUGUACAAGUUAUAAAGAACAGUAUUGGUGUAUGUUUAGGCACGCUUAGCAGUUGAUCACAUGCUUCUGUUUUGUGGUUGUUAAUACCUGUUCCAUUAAUAAUGCAUGGUGUUGGUUUAUAAUCGAAAGAUACAAGAUGGUUAACAUUGAUUAAUAAUGGAAGCGACUGUCAGUCUUUGUUGAACAGGUACAAAGCUAGUGGUUGUAUGCGCUGUUAUCUUAUGUGAUAGUUCGAAUGCUAUACAACACCGUGACAAGCCUUUCCGAUUUUAUUAUAGCCUAGUUGGACAGAAGAAUGUAGAGCCAAUGUUUCGUUACAAAUACUCUAGAGUAGAAGUUGUAUUGCAUUUAGUUCAUAUUUGAACACGAAAAUAGCUUGCUGUGAUAUAAACAGUACCACGGUGUUAACAUCUUAUUGCUGAUGAGAUGGUAAAAUUUUGAUGGUUGAAAAUGCUUUUGCCAUCCCGUGCAGUUAUAAGUUAUUGAAUGGUAAAGUCGACUCUUAUGAACUGGAAUCUCUGCAUACGUGUAACAGCAUCUUCUUGUUGAUAUGUCACAUGGAUUUGAUUAUUGAUAGAGGAUCAGUUUCUGCGAAGGAAUAAAAUUAUAAUGAUGUUAUACAUAGUCGUACCAGGUACUAUCACUAGCAAUGUUAGAUUGUUAUUUACAUGACAUAUCCAUUGUGACGCGUUUAUUCAAAUAUGGUAGCUAGUGAACGAAUAAAGGUCAUAUGUUGCAGUAUCAGGCAAUGAUUGUAUCCUUGUCAAAGAGAGAUAAACAAUGGUUGCUUGAAUAAGGUGUUGUGCGUUAAAGCAUCAACAUGAGUGGGUUAGACUAGCAUAGAGAAUGCAUGAUAACUGCUGGCAGGAGGAUAUGUUGCUGGUAGAUAUAGUGACACCAAAGAAUGCUAAAGAUGAGAGAAAAUAAGAAUAUAUAGAUUGAGAUAACGAUUUUGAUACGUAGACGCCGUUCCAAACAGCUGUGUGCGCUGCAAACCAGGAUCAAGAGAACAGAUAAACAAAUUAUUCAACGUGUUUGGUGCUGUGGUAUUUUGGACCGAUGUGUGUGUAAGAAAGUGGUGCAUAAAGAAGACAAUGGCUGUUACUGAGCUGGUAAUAUAUCACAAAAGAAUCUUUCAAAUGGGUCAUGACAGCCAUGGCUAAGAUUGUUGAACAACAUGAUGCCUCAUCCAUGAAUAAACGGUCAUCCGGAAGCAUAAAUAAGAGGGUACCGUAAUGUUUGUUGGAACCAUAUUGGAAUGAUGGGUGUUAUGUAGGCGAUGGCUAACAGCAAGCAAUACUUUGUAUCGCAUCGAUUUGGCAGGCAUGGCAUGAUUCAUCGAUUUCACAACAGAGAAAAAGAAUGUAGAAACAUGAAUUGAUAGUUAAGUACCGAAUUGUAAUGAUAGAAGAGGUCGAAUAAGAUAAAUUCACUCGAGCAGAGCACUCGUACAAUUCCAGUCAAAUAGAAGUCUAGACAAUUAAUUAGCGAACAUGAAGUUUGACUGACUCAAAAUUAUUGUUACGUUGUGUGGAUGCUCGAAUGAAAGGCGAACUAAAAUCCUAUCCAAAAGAAACAGGACGAUACAGGUUGUGUCCAUUUGAUGCUUUUUAUGUCACAGGAGACAUCAACAACACUGGUUGGGCAUUUGUUAGCGAAAAGAAUACAUCAGCAUAUGCACAAAAUAACCAUAAAUAGGUCUGUCUUAUAUCUCGCGGUGUCUAUGGUAGGAUUUGUAUGUUUAUGAGAUUUCAAU